UUUGGCGAAGUGUGUCAAAACGGACAACAGUGAUUUUCUGUACUUUAUGGGUUCCUAGUGACAGGAAAUCAAAUGAAGCAAGUGCUUGAAGGAAGAUGGGAUGAUUAUAAGGAAAAUCCAAUUGAAUGAAACUUGUUAAACAGUGUUAAAUUAUCAUGCUCUUCAUUAUCAAUGACAGCAUUUCCUCUCUUGGAUCAUAACUCAGAGCAGGAUGGCUGUGAAUACCCAUGUCUUAUCAGCCAUGAAAAAAAGAGAUGUGGAGAGGGCAUCCAUGUUACUUUUAACUCCAGGAUACGAUGUAAACACAGUGUCUAAAUCAGGCACUCCACUAAUCUACGCAGCAAAAAUGGGACUUAUUCCAGUGAUAGAGAAGCUAAUUAAUCUUGGAGCCAAUGUCAACUGUCUAGAUAAAGAUAAGAGAACCGUUCUUCACCAUGCAUGUCAACGUGGUCCAAAGGAGAUAAUCCAAGUACUCAUUAAAGCUGGAUGUGACAUGUAUAAGGCUAAUUCUGAUGGGGACCUGCCCAUUCAUGUGGCAGCCACCAGUGGUCAUACAGAAUCUAUGGAGGAAUUACUGAAAGCCGGAAUGGACAUCAAUGCUUUAAAUACCAUUACUGAACACACAUCUUUGGAACUGUCAGUGUGUUAUGAACAAGUCCACAUGGUGGAAUUUCUGUUGGAAAGGAAAGCUAAACUAGAAAUUCCUAUGAGGAAGACUAUGGCUGAAUCGGCCCUGCAUCAAGCAUCACAAAUGGGGAAUGUGGCCCUGAUUGAGACUUUGCUAAAAUACGGAGCAGACAUUAAUAAGAUGAACACCAGUGGUGAGACCCCAUUUAUAACGGCAGUCACAGACAAUAAACUGACCUCCAUGAAAACCCUGAUUCAAGCCAACUGUGACAUGAACAAAUAUAGAUACACUUCUCCUCUUUCCCUGGCUUGUCUUGGAAACAAGCACAAAAUUAUUCGUUACUUAUUGUCGGAGGGCUACAAUGUUUCAGCAGAUGAAAGUUUCAAAGAAAUUUUAACAGUCAGAUUAGAAGAAACUGCACCAUUGUUGUUGGAACUUAUUCAUUAUAAAUGUGCUAAUCCCUCAACAUUGAAAGAGGCUUGCCGAUUCAAGCUACGAAGGAUUUUAGGUCGAAGACUAACUGAAGCUGUGCCAAAUCUUUCUUUACCCAAGAUUUUGAUGGAGUGGGUAGUGUCUGAUUUCAUAUACUGAAUGAAAAGCAAAGAUUUUUUAGUUGUUACAGUGAAUAUUUUAAAGUUAAUAUCAAGUUCAAUUUUAUUAAAAUUACCUUAGAUCUUUUAUUAAUUAAUCCUGCUCAUGUAGAAUGCAACACAUGGUUCUAAAAUCAUCCCAGUUGGGUCCAUCUCAGAUUGACCUUUCAUUCUAAAUUGUGUGAUGAUCAGGGGAAAAAAAUACAGUCAAACCGCAUUAUCUUGAUUUUAUUGGGACUGAGAUUAAACUUUGUGAUAUCCGAGGAUUCGAGACAACAAGGUUAAAAAACAGAAAAAGUGGUUUGGACUGCCAAAUUACUUCGACAUAUCUCUGGUAUUCGAGAUAUUUGUAUUCGACAUACAGUAAUGAAGUUCAACUGUAUUAAUAAGUCGAAUAUAUAUGGUAAAGAUUGACAAAUCCGGGUUGAUUUUAAAUCAAUAUGGUCUCCUUGCAUUGACAAGACUUUACAGUUUACAGUGAACUUUUAAACAUUGUUGUUUAUUUCUUAAUUAAUCUAAACACUAAAUCUGAGAUGAAGUUGAACAGAUUAUUAUUAAUUCCUUUGUCUAGCAGUCUGAUUAAAAAAUCAAACCUUCCACUAGCUCCUUAUUUUGAUGGUUGCGACACAGAGCUAGUGGAAGGUUUGAUCUUAAUUAGACUGUUUGUCUAGCUUUCUACAUGAGUGGAUCAAUGGAUCUGAUUUUUGUAAAUUGCAUCAAAUUUGGAUUACCGUAUUUGAAUUUUAUUGAAUAAAUAUUGUAUAGAUCAACUUCAAAGAAAAAAAAGCUUGCUAGUUCAGUUUUAAAUCAAAAAAGUUUAUACCACUUUUUAACACCAUAGAGCUUUCAAAUUAUAUUGUUUGUUGAUGUUUUUUUAUA